AUGGAGAUCUUCGUGUCGCCUCCCGUGCGGACCGCUACAACCGGGCGUAGCGUGAUGGAGGGGUUAUCACUCCUGCGGCAGUGCCUCCCUUGGCAGCUGGUGGCGAUCCUGGGGUUUCUGGGCACCUCGGCCGCACUUGGCGUAAUCCUCCAGUGGGCCGGCUCGAAGCCCGCUCACUACUGCUCGACCAACGCCUGCGCGGCGUUUGCCAAGCUCCUCAAGUCCUCCAUCAACAGCUCCGUGAAUCCGUGCGACAGCUUCGGCCGCUUCGUCUGCGACGGCUGGAAGCGCAGCAGCGCUCUGUCGUUGCGGGCGCUCUACUACAAGAUCGCCCUGGAGACGCUGAUGCGCGCAGCCAAGUCGAUGGAGGUCCCUACCAGCCACCAGAACGCCAAACAACAGGCGGCCGCGCUGCUCGCCACCUGCGACCGCGUCAAGAACGGCCAGCAGGACGAGAUCGAGGUCGUCAAGCGGUACCUCGCCGAGGCGGGAAUCCUGUGGCCCGACCGUGCUGCCAACCCGAACGUGCUCGAAACCAUGCUCUACCUGGACUUCGAGCUCAACUGGCCCGCGUUCCUGCACGUCCGCCCGCUGAAGGACCCAGGUCGCCCAGUCGUCGCCAUAGAGGUGGCGAACUCGUUCUACAGCAUUCAGGAGGCUAGGCACCGGUUCGCGGGAGACAACAGGAAGUCGUACUUCGACACCCUCUACAGGCACUACUCUGGUCGGGCCACGAGCGACGACAUCGCCUUCGAGGAAGUUCUGGAGGCCGACGUCGCGACGGCUCCACUCGGCCACUUCCUGGAGAAGACUCCAUGGGCGACGAUAAGUGACGCGGCAAUGUACACGAGUGCCGCCGACUGGCGUCACGCGCUCGGCCGCAGGUUCGGCCACGCGCUACCGGCGGGCACCCCGUUCUCUACCAACAACGUGCGCUUCGUGACGUACUUUUUCGACCUCUGGAGGCGGCUCGGAGAGCGCAAGAUGCACCGAUGCCUUUCGUGGUACGCCGUGCAGUACGCCGGUCUGUCCGCCAACAGCGAGCUGCUGCGCAAUAACUACGGCAAAGACCUCAAGGAGAAGGGCCUCGAGUUCCGGAAGCUGUGCCUCGUCAUUAGCUACAACAGCUUGGGUGACCUGGUUUUCGCCGGCUUCACCGAGGCGCUGCCGUUCUCCCGAGUCCGCGACGACGUCAAGGAGCUUGUGUACGCGGUGCGGCGCGGCUUCACCAACCGAAUCGCCGACAGGCCGCCGUUCUCGCGGAACGUCGACUUCACCGCGCGCUGGUCUUCGGUGGAGCCGGUCUUCGCCGUCCUCGAUCACAAGCUCUACUUCGACUACCAGAGACCGGCACCCGGUUUUCCCGACAUGAACCGCACUCACUACGUGCCAAACUGGCGAAAGCUGGCCAAGGCAUGGCGCUCGCGCGCUACCGUGAAGGGCAAGCUGGCCGUCAAGGACAUCCUCGGCUACGGCUUCUUCAGCGUUGACUGGCACAACGUAGACUUCGUGCUGUCGCCGUUUGCGCUGUCCUUCCCGCUAUACGACGCGGAGCUCGCGCCGGCGCUCAAGUACGGCGGACUCGGCAGUCAGGUGGCGCUCGCCUCCGCCAUCGUCCUGCUCCACCACUACGAGCAGCAAGCCCGGAACGACUCAGACACGGCAGCGUACCUUCGGAACGCACACGUCUGUGUCAACCGAUCGCUGCAAGGCACGGCCCAGUCCGAAGGUGUCGUGCUCGCAGAACUGGCCUCGCUCGAGGCGCUAGCGGACGCCUUCCGAGCCGACGGUGGCAGCGACGGCGCGUUUCUCCUCGGCGGUCUGGAGCGGUACACGGCGUUGCAGAUGUUCUUCAUCGCCUGGUGCUUCGUUCGCUGCGGCGACCAGCGUAACGUCGGCGACGACAGCGUCGAGGCAGACCCGUGCUCGCACAUUCUGCGGAACGUUCCCCGGGUCUCGGAGGCCUUCCGAUGCUCGGCGGGAACGUUUCUCAACCCGGACACCAAGUGCGAGCUCUUCUGA